AAUAAACCGUUUGAGGGAUCAUCUGAGAGACAGACGGGGACACGCGGAGACAAGGAGACAGAGCUGGUGUCCUUUACGCACGGUCUGCGCAGAUCGCUGCUGUGCGUUCUGGCGCAUCCACCGCCAGGGAUUAACCAGAAAACCUUGUUGGACGUGUUUACUCUCCGGGUCUGUUUGGAUGUGAAUGCUACGGUAUAGCUCUGGUUCUGGAGCAGGGGAUUCGGUCCACGGUUCGUCCCUCAGCGCGUCACCGUCUCUGGGUAUCCAUGUCGGACAAGAAACCGUCUCUGAGGAGCGGCGACUCCGCUCAGAGCCGCUUUCAGGUGGACGUGGUGACGGAGGGAUCCCCAGCACCCACUCCUGCGUCCGGGGCCGCUGAUGGGUCGAGGGCUCCUCCUGAGGAGUCCAAAGGCCGGUUCCGAGUGGGCUUCAUGGACUCUGGUGCGCUGGGGACCGCCACGGACAUCGGAAUGCCGCCCGACGUUUUCCACGAGCCGGACGCGACCAAGAGUGACUCCGUCAGCCUUCACUCGACCGGCACGGGACACACGCACAUCUCCGACUCGCACUCCAACACCUACUACAUGCGGACCUUCGGCCACAACACCAUCGACGCGGUGCCCAACAUCGAGUUCUACCGGCAAACAGCUGCGCCUUUCGGGGAGAAACUCACCCGACCGUCGCUGUCGGAGCUGCACGAUGAGCUGGACAAAGAGCCCUUUGAGGACGGGCUGGCCAACGGCGAGGAGCUGUCAGCAGCCGAGGAGGCGGCAGCCUUGAUGGCAAAGGAGGCGAAAGGAGGAACCGUGAAGUUUGGAUGGGUCAAAGGAGUUCUGGUGCGCUGCAUGCUGAACAUUUGGGGCGUGAUGCUCUUCAUCAGAAUGUCCUGGAUUGUUGGACAGGCUGGAAUUGGACUCACGAUUGCCAUCAUUUUCAUGGCCACUCUGGUCACCACCAUCACUGGUCUCUCCACUUCUGCCAUAGCAACAAACGGUUUUGUUCGAGGGGGAGGAGCCUACUACCUGAUCUCGAGAAGCCUGGGCCCUGAAUUUGGAGGUUCUAUUGGACUCAUCUUCGCCUUUGCGAACGCCGUGGCCGUGGCCAUGUACGUCGUUGGCUUUGCUGAGACCGUGGUGGAGAUGCUGAGUGAUGUUGACGCACUGAUGACCGAUGAGCUGAAUGACAUUCGGAUCGUCGGGACUCUGACCGUCAUCCUGUUGUUGGGAAUCUCUGUGGCUGGGAUGGAAUGGGAAGCCAAGGCUCAGAUUGUUCUCCUGGUAGUCCUUCUGGCAGCAAUCGUCAACUUCUUUUUAGGGACCUUCAUGAAAGCAGACAACAAAGAGCCCAAAGGAUUCUUCGGCUACCAGACGGCCAUCUUCUUAGAGAACUUUGGUCCAGAUUUCAGGGAUGAAGAAACGUUUUUUUCCGUGUUUGCCAUCUUCUUCCCCGCUGCCACCGGGAUUCUGGCUGGAGCCAACAUCUCUGGUGAUCUCAUUGACCCUCAGUCUGCAAUCCCUAAAGGCACCUUGCUGGCCAUCCUCAUCACUGGAGUCACCUACGUGGCUGUUGCCGUCUCCACAGGUUCCUGUAUUGUUAGGGAUGCGACCGGCGAUCACAACGACACGGUGAGCGAUACGGUGAACUGCACCGAUGCCGGCUGCACGCUUGGCUAUGACUUCUCUAUCUGCAAGGAGGGGGGCUGCCAGUACGGCCUGAUGAACGACUUCCAGGUGAUGAGCCUCGUGUCCUUCUUCAGCCCUCUGAUCAGCGCCGGGAUCUUCUCCGCCACUCUGUCCUCGGCUCUGGCUUCGCUGGUCAGCGCUCCCAAAGUUUUCCAGGCCCUGUGUAAGGACAACAUCUAUCCAGGGUUGGGUGUAUUUGCUAAAGGAUACGGUAAAAACAACGAGCCUCUCCGCGGCUAUGUCCUGACCUUCUGCAUCGGCCUCGCCUUCAUCCUCAUCGCUGAGCUGAACAUCAUCGCUCCCAUCAUCUCUAACUUCUUCCUGGCGUCCUACGCUCUCAUCAACUUCUCUGUCUUCCACGCCUCUCUGGCCAACUCUCCAGGGUGGCGCCCCAGCUUUAAGUACUACAACAUGUGGGUGUCUCUGGCGGGCUCUGUCCUGUGCUGCGUGGUGAUGUUUGUCAUUAACUGGUGGGCCGCCCUCGUCACGCUGCUCAUCGUCCUGGCGCUCUACAUCUACGUCGGCUAUAAGAAGCCGGAUGUGAACUGGGGUUCUUCCACUCAGGCUCUGAUCUACAACCAGGCUCUGACCCACUGUCUGAAUCUGUCUGGAGUCGAGGAUCACGUCAAAAACUUCAGGCCGCAGUGUUUGGUUCUGGCCGGUUAUCCCAACGCCCGUCCAGCUCUGCUGCAGCUGGUCCAUUCCUUCACUAAAGACGUCAGCCUCAUGGUGUGCGGUCACGUCAGGACGGUGUCCCGUCGACCAAACUUUAAGGAUCUGUCCCAGGAUUACGUCCGCUGUCGGCGCUGGCUCAGUAAAAAACGAAUCAAGGCCUUUUACGCUCCUGUUUUUGCAGACAACCUGAGACACGGAGCACAGUUACUCCUGCAGGCAGUUGGUUUGGGUCGACUGAAGCCCAACACGCUGGUCAUGGGCUUCAAGAACAACUGGGGUGAUGGAGAUAUGAGAGAUGUGGAGAACUACAUCAACAGCAUACACGACGCCUUUGACCUCCAGUUUGGAGCGGUGGUCCUCAGACUUCAGGAUGGACUGGACAUCUCUCACAUCCAGGGACAAAACGAGCUGCUGUCGCCCAGCGAGAAGACGUCAAAAGGCAGCAAAGACGUCCUGAUUUCCGUCACUAAAGACUCCGACUCCGACUCCUGUCCUUCAAAAACCACCAGUAACCAGAGCAGCCCGCUCAUCAUCAGAGCUACAGAAACCAAAUCUCCUCUGAGCCUGACGGACCAGCGGCUCCUAGAGAGCAGCCAGAUGUUCAAGAAGAAGCAGGGAAAAGGAACCAUCGACGUGUGGUGGCUCUUUGAUGACGGAGGUCUGACCCUGCUGAUUCCCUACCUGCUGACCACCCGGAGCAAAUGGGGCGACUGCAGGAUCCGAGUCUUUAUUGGAGGAAAGAUCAAUCGGAUUGACCACGACCGCCGAGCGAUGGCCACGUUGCUCAGCAGGUUCAGAAUUGACUUCUCUGACAUCAACGUCCUCGGUGACAUCAACGUGAAACCAAAAAAACACAAUAAGCUGAGUUUUAAGGAGCUGAUCGAGCCCUACAGGCUGAAGGAGGACGACAUGGAGCAGGAGGCUGCCGAGAGGCUGAAGGCUCAGGAGCCCUGGAGGAUCACCGAUAAUGAACUGGAGCUCUACAAGGCCAAGACAAACCGUCAGAUCAGGCUGAAUGAACUGCUGAAGGAACACUCCAACUCCGCCAAACUGAUCGUCAUAAGCAUGCCUUUGGCCAGGAAGGGCACCGUGUCGAGUGCGCUGUACAUGUGCUGGCUGGAGACGCUGUCCAAAGACCUCCCACCGCUGCUGCUGGUCCGGGGAAACCACCAGAGUGUCCUCACCUUCUACUCAUAACACACACACACACACACACACACACACACACACACACACACACACACACACACACACACACACACACACACACACACAGGUCAUCCGCACAAGAACAGAGAUUUCAUCAGACUUUCUGAAUCUGUGAAUGGUUUUAUUUAUUUAUCUCAUUAAUAAACUAAUUCAGAUUAUAUCUCCUUAACAACAAGCUGUGUAUUUAUUAGCUUCUGUGUUAUUCAGUGCCGGAGUUUUACUACAACAAACAUUUAAAGUUUCAUAAUAACGAUGAGUUCAAAUAUCUAUGUUGGGUUUUCACUGAGAUUCGUGUGAGAUGAGAUUCUUCAUCCCUGAGUUUGGAAGUUAUUGUUACAGCUUCUUUUAACUUCAUUUUGUACAUGCUUUCAUUAAAAUGUUAACAGAAA